CGGUUCGCGUUGCGAUCUGUCGCACAUUUCGUCUGUUCGUUGGCAGAUACAAAGAUACAAAUUAAAAGCCUCUUGUUGUUGUCAGAUACGGCGCCAAGAAGCACCACGGAGCAUUUGACUAGUUAGCAGUCCGGAUUUCAAUUCAAGCGACUAUAUUAAAAUCCAACGCAGCCAAAAGAUGGCAACGUCAACGACUUCAAAGGUGACAGAGGCAGCGGGGCGUAUGAGUGUUGCAACAUUAUUGCUCUAUGCGAUGCUCUUGUUGGGCGUGGCAGAUGCCAAUGAUAACGACGGUAGCGUUAGCAGCAGCGUAACGGGACGACCAUCACUGUUGCGCACUGAGCUGCGCUUUGGCCGUAAUCUGGAUCCGUCGAAGGUUCGCGUGGUGAGUGUCAAAUCCAGCCAAGGGAACGAUGUGGAGAUACUGGUGGGCAAGAAUAGCCGCAAGGCGCGUGCCGAGGAGGCGGCUGGUUCAUUCUUUGUGCGCAGCUCGGAUGUAAAGCGACCGCUGCUGCAGGCCAGGAGCAAUGCAGGUGUCAAUCCCAAUGGACGACAGCUAAUCUUUGAGCAUACGCCGGCACUUCUGAAGCAAAGCGAACUGGCCCAACAGCAGCAGGACUAUCGCCAGCGCAAGGCCAGCGCAGAACAGCGACAGGCCAAGUUUAUUCAGUUGCAGUUGGCCAAGGCACAGAGCAAGGCACUGGAACAACAAGCGCUGGACAGCAGCAGCAGCAGCAUUAGCAACUCGCGAAGUGGACGCCAAUUGGGUGGGGUUGCUGCUGCUGCCUGGCAGCCAGUUUACUUCCAGACGCAGCCAGGCACACGGAACAACAACAACAACUACUCCUUCGCCAUGGAUCGCCAGUGGCAGCCAUAUAUAUAUGCCGAUCCUGUUGAGUCGCAGCCACGCGUUCUCCGUCAGGCGCCCAUCAGUUUCCCCAGCGAUAUGCAAUUUGCUGCCUCCGAACCGUUGGAUUAUGUUGAGCGCAAUGCACGCAUUUAUCUCAGCAAUGGUGGCGGUUCUCGCUCACGUCCACCACAAAAUCUGAUCACCAAGCAUAACUACCAAGCCACGCCCCAGAAAUCAAAAUAUGUUACCUACAUGCCACACUCGGUAGUGGUGACGGCAAGUGCCGGUGUUGCCGCGCCCUCAGUGACGCCCACUCGCCGUCCACUUGCCGGCAGUCCGCAUCGCAAUCCCAUUGGGCAGAGCACGCACAACGUUGUCGAUGGGCCGGCGGUCACAUUGAUCGAGGGUGUCCGCGUGCCGGACACGGCAGAGGACAAGGUGAAGACCUGGCGCAAUGCGCGAGUGCUCAACAAUCAGCUGGUGCCAUAUCCCGAGGGUUAUACGCCGCCACGUGUCCAAAUGCCCAGUUUUGAUAGAUAGAUAGGCGCCCGGUGGCAGGCACCCAUUUAGAUUGCCUGAGGCAGCGUUGCCUCCACACACACGCACAACUGUACUUAUAACAUAUCUAUUAUAUUUAUUG